UGCGAAGUGUCCUCUGGAGUCGAUGGCGACUGCUUGUCCUUGCAAGUUCCCCAGCCUCGGUCUCCCCUCCCAUUUUUGCUGCAGGAAGGCGCUCGGGUUUUCGGGGCCCUGGGUCCCAUCAGCCCCUUGUCACCUGGGCUCACCCUUGGGGGUCUGGCCGUAAAUGAGCACCGGCUCAGCAACAAGCUGCUGGCCUGGAGUGGCGUCCUUGAGUGGCAGGAGAAGCGCAGACCCUACUCUGACUCUACGGCAAAGCUGAAGCGGACCCUGCCCUGCCAGGCCUACGUGAACCAGGGCGAGAACCUGGAGACCGACCAGUGGCCACAGAAGCUGAUCAUGCAGCUCAUCCCCCAGCAGCUGCUGACUACACUGGGCCCCCUGUUCCGCAACUCCCAACUGGCACAGUUCCACUUCACCAACAGAGACUGCGACUCGCUCAAGGGGCUCUGCCGCGUCAUGGGCAACGGCUUCGCGGGCUGCAUGCUCUUCCCGCACAUCUCCCCCUGUGAGGUGCGCGUGCUCAUGCUCCUGUACUCGUCUAAGAAGAAGAUCUUCAUGGGCCUCAUCCCCUAUGACCAGAGUGGCUUUGUCAAUGCCAUCCGGCAGGUCAUCACCACCCGCAAGCAGGCAGUGGGACCUGGUGGCGUCAAUGCAGGCCCCGUCCAGAUCGUCAACAACAAGUUCCUGGCAUGGAGUGGUGUCAUGGAGUGGCAGGAGCCCAGGCCUGAGCCCAACGGUCGGUCCAAGAGAUGGCUGCCCUCCCACGUCUACGUGAACCAAGGGGAGAUCCUGAGGACCGAGCAGUGGCCACGGAAGCUGUACAUGCAGCUCAUCCCCCAGCAGCUGCUGACCACCCUGGUGCCACUGUUCCGGAACUCCCGCCUGGUGCAGUUCCACUUCACCAAGGACCUGGAGACGCUCAAGAGCCUGUGCCGGAUCAUGGACAACGGCUUUGCCGGCUGCGUGCACUUCUCCUACAAGGCCUCGUGUGAGAUCCGCGUGCUCAUGCUCCUGUACUCCUCGGAGAAGAAGAUCUUCAUCGGCCUCAUCCCCCACGAGCAGAGCAACUUCGUCAACGGCAUCCGACGCGUCAUCGCCAACCAGCAGCAGGUCCUGCAGCGGAACCUGGAGCAGGAGCAGCAGCAGCGAGGGAUGGGGGGGUAGUGGCCACCCCUGGCCGGGCCCCUCCAGGAGUCACAGACACGGCCCCUGCGGAGACUGGUCAGAUGCUUCUGAGCAGGGUCCCCUGGGGACUGCAGCUGCCCAGCGACACAGAGGACAGGUCUGCAAGGACGGUCCCCACCCUGUAUGUUUCCCCAAUAAAGUCUUUUAAAAACCC